GUCAAAAUUCUGUCAAAAUCAAGUUUUACGGUGAUGUGAAACGUAAUUAGUUUUUCUAACAUAAAUUAAAUUAUAGUUAAUAUUGACUAAAUUCAUAAUGAAUUUCAGCGGCACAUUAAGAAUAAAUAAAUUCGCAUGUUUUACAUUAUUGUUUAUUUUGUUUGUCAUUAUUUACUGGCGAUCAAACGGUGGAGCUUACCCGACAGAUAAAAAUGAAAUUAUUAAUUUAAAAACAUUACUAACAGCCGCAAUCCAUGCCGCAGAAUAUGGAGGGAGUAAAGUGAUGGAGGGUACGAAUCGGGAUUUGAUUAUAAAAAGCAAAGGGAAGACGAAAGAAGGUGUCAAUGAUCCUGUUACGGACGCGGAUCAAGCAUCGCACUGUGUCAUGUUUUAUGGACUGAGUAAGACGUUUCCGAAACUGACUAUUGUGUCGGAGGAGCACUCUAUAAACGAUCCUAAGUGCGAAGACCAGGAACCGUUCAAUACGGACACACCACCUCCUCAACAUCGUAUGAUCGAAAAUAUGAACAACGAACUCGUUUUCGCUAAAGAUAUUACGAUAUGGAUAGAUCCUUUAGACGCUACAAAGGAAUAUACAGAGGGUCUAUAUCAGUAUGUGACAACUAUGGUGUGUGUAGCUUAUAAAGGCAUACCAAUAAUUGGUGUAAUUCAUUAUCCAUUCCCACCGGACAAUCCUCAGACUUACUGGGGUUGGCUUGCAAAGAAAACCUCAAGUAACAUUGCUAAUGUUGCCUAUCAAGUAGAAUAUAAAGAAAAUCCAAGAGUAGUUGUGUCAAUAUCACAUCAAGGGAAAGUAUCUGACAUGGCUAGAGAAGCAUUUGGUCCUAUGACAACGGUAACCACAGCUGCAGGUGCUGGUUAUAAAGUCAUGGGAGUGGUAAAUGGUUCUUACGAUGUGUACCUUCAUGCUACAGCUAUUAAGAAAUGGGAUUUAUGUGCAGGAGAUGCUAUUAUACGAACGGUAGAUGGUAAAAUGACUACCGCUAAAGGGGAUUACAUUGAUUAUUCUCCGGAUGCUGAUGUCAAAGUGAAUGAAGGUGUUCUUGUAACGAGGUACAACCAUGACUUUUAUUUGACUCAAAUAUCUAAAAAUUUAAAUAAUAAACCUUAAUCUCUUUGUCUGUAAAGAAAAAUAAUGUCAAUAUGGAUAAGGGCCCUUAAUUGAUCAUUGACUUGAAUCUUAUGUACGGUCUGUGCAAUUUCUAACUCGAAUUGACUUCUGAAAUCUUUUGGAAUUAACUUGUAGAUGUAGUAUAAAAUGUAGCUCACUGGUUUAAGGCGGUUCAGCCAACUCAAUUAUUCUUUUAUCUGAUGAAACGUAAGGUUUUUACAAAUUGCAUUUAAAUAAUUAAGGUCACAGUGAAUAAAUGAUAACGAAUUUAUUUUUGACUUGCAUUCCGUAAUUGCUGGCAGUUAUCAAGUAUUAAACACAAAGUUAUAAUUGUAGAUCUCAUUAAAUUAUUCAAUGUUUUUCGAAUGUUAUGUAACAUAAUUUUUUAAGGUCCUUGAACAUAUAGGUAGAGUCCACAUACAAAAGAUGUCUUCUCUUUUAAAUAUUAGAUUAACUGCUUUAGUACUACUAUUAUGUAAGUUAACUCUCAGUUGUAAGUUGUCAUGUUCAAUCUGACAUGUCUAAGGGAGAGUAUAACCUCUUUUCUCAUCCUUUUUAUACAACCUUUUUAAUGUCUAAUUGAAAUAUUUAUCUUUGCAACUUUUUAAAAGAAAAGUUUUCUACUACAGAAACAUGCUGUAGCUUUUGUUUUGACUAUUCAGUUAUUGUUUAAGAUUUUAUUUGUGCGAAUGAUGUGUAAAUGUUUACAGAUUUUUAAUUUAUUUCUAGAUUAUAAGUUUUGCUUAACACCUCCCCUUUGCAUAAAGGAUGUUGUAUAAAACGGUUGUUAAUUGUCAAUUGUGUUGUAAUAUAUUUUCAGAUGUAUAUUAUACAGGAUGUUCAGAAAUAAAGUAUAAAACAUAUUUAAAGGCAAAGAUACUUUGGUUUUCCAUUUCAUUUCCGCGCAUCCUGUCUUUUAAUAGUUGUAAAUAUUGUAAAGUUGAUUUAUGGUCUUUGUAAAUAAAUUUAUCAUGACGAACAUUUAUUUAUAAAUUUUU